AUGCUGGCCCCUGCUGCUCUUCCCUUCAUGUACCCUCAUAUGCUUCCCACCCCUCCCCCCUCCCCUCCACUCCCUCGCUGCUAUGCCCCGGAAGAACGCCUAGGACUUUUGCUUGCCAACCGGCUGGAACUCACCAGCAUUCUCGGAGUCGGUGCUUACGGCGUUGUAUACACAGCCGUGGACAUCCACACCGAUGUCGUUUACGCAGUCAAGGCUCUCAACAAAUCUGGGCUGGAUCCCCGCCAGCUCAAGUUUCAGCAACGGGAAAUCAAGCUACACCAUAUGGCCAGUCAACACCCCAACGUGGUUUCCCUGGUUCGCAUCAUGGACUCCGUCGAUUGCACCUACGUGGUCAUUGAAUUCUGUCCCGAGGGGGACUUGUUCUCCAGCAUCACCGACAAAGGCCACUUUGUUGGAAACGAUCCUUUGGCCAGGCGGGUGUUCCUCCAGAUCCUGGAUGCAGUCCAUUACUGCCAUACGCUGGGGAUUUACCACCGUGAUCUCAAACCUGAGAACAUUCUGGUCACCGACCAGGGAUUGACCGUCAAAUUAGCCGAUUUUGGGCUCGCGACAACAGACUAUCUGACUUCUGAUUUUGGCUGCGGGUCAACAUUCUACAUGUCACCAGAGUGUCAACAGCCGAACCCACGCCCAAUGUCUUACUAUCAAUCGGCACCAAACGACGUCUGGAGUCUUGGCGUAAUCCUCGUCAACCUUACCUGCGGCAGAAAUCCGUGGAAGCGCGCCUCGAUGGAGGAUUCCACUUUCCGCGCUUACCUCAAGGAUCCUUUUUUCCUCAAGUCUAUCCUGCCUCUAUCCGAUGAGAUGGUCUGUAUCCUCAGCCGCAUCUUUGAGGUCGACCCAUCCAAGAGGAUCACCAUUCCGGAGCUCCGUCAACUCAUUUUGGACUGUCCGCGAUUCACUUUGAACCCUGUGACCCCAUGGGGUUCUACGACUGGACCACUCGUCAACUACCUCCACCCCCCUCAGUUGCCCGCCUUUGUCGAGGACCUGAACGCACAGUCCUCCAUCUGUUCGUCUGAUUCGUCUCAGUAUUCCGGCUCUUUCUCCGCAGUCUCGGAUACUUCUUCUUACACUGAAGGUUAUCCAGACUUGGAGAGUGUUUCUUCGCUAGGGCCAGAGCCCGAAGUCCACUGCAAGGAUGAUGUCCCGCAGGCGGACUCUAUCGCAUGCAGUGAUCUAUCUGAACCAUUUGUGGCCUCCCCCCUCGUCACGGAGACCAUGACCACGGAGCCCCUAGUGGUUUGUCAACAACCAUUCACCUAUCCUAUUCCCGUCUGCUAG